ACGGUCGGAUUUUCUUACGAGGGUGAGGGUGGGUGAAGGAGAGAGCGAGAGAGGAUGGGGAAACGAAAGGGGCGUCGAUCGGAGGUCACAGAAACCCUAACUAAUUCUAAUGGGGGAGGAGGAGAAGAUGAAGACAGAAAUGGAAGAUCACAGGAUUCAGAAGACGGCGAGAAAUCAGGAUUCUUCGCUUGUUAUUUGUUGACGUCACUCUGCCCUAGAUUCAAAGGACACACCUACAUCGGGUUCACGGUGAAUCCACGGCGGAGAAUUAGGCAACAUAAUGGGGAAUUGUGCAGUGGUGCAUCGAGGACCAAGAAAAAACGCCCUUGGGAAAUGGUAUUCUGCAUAUAUGGUUUCCCUACUAAUGUUGCUGCCCUUCAGUUCGAGUGGGCUUGGCAACACCCUGUAGAAUCGUUGGCUGUUAGAAAAGCGGCAGUGGGUUUUAGAUCGCUGGGCGGACUUGCAAAUAAAAUCAAACUGGCAUACACAAUGCUCACCCUGCCGGCCUGGAACAACUUGAACCUGACUGUAAACUUUUUUUCAACAAAAUACACAAAGCAUUAUGCGGAGUGCCCUAGCUUGCCGAGCCACAUGAGGGUGCACGUUCGAUCCAUGGAUGAACUUCCGUGCUAUACAGAAGGAUAUACGGAAGGUGAAGAUGAUAUGUUGAGAUUCGAAAACUAUUCCUGGGAUGAUGACGAAGAACCCGACAUAGCUGUUGGACCCGAAGCAACAAUUACAGAUGCAACGAUUCCGGUUCUCAUUUCUGAGGAAGCAACUUGUGUUUUAGAUAUCAAGGAUCAUGAACAACCAUCCUGCAGUGACAAUUCUCCAGGAUGCUCGUUCAAGAACACACAGGAGAGGUCCACAAAUGACCUACCGCGUGUUUUUGUUUUAGAUAUCGAGGAUCAUGAACAAUCAUCCUACGGUAACGAUUCUCCAGGAUGGUUGUUCAGGUACACACCGAAGAGGUCCACAAAUGACCUACCACCUGUUUUUGUUUUAGAUAUCGAGGAUCAUGAACAACCAUCCUGCAGUAAUGAUUCUCCAGGAUGGUUGUUCAGGAACACACAAGAGAGGUCAACAAAUGACCUACCACCUGUGACUAUGGAAGAUGAAAACACAAAAAUGGAUGGUGGUACGGGAAGUUAUUCACGUGUGGCUACUGAUGUGGAUGGACCCGGAACCAAGAUUUUGGCUUCAAGUGGCGAGGUUGAGGUGAUAGAUCUUUUCACUCCAUCACCCGUGCUGAGACCAAAGUCGAAAAGUAGGAUUUGUCCUGAGAUCAUCGACUUGACUCAGUCACCCAUAUAUGUGUAGAUAAUGUUUUCCUAUGAAAGCAUAUGUUUUUUAUGCAAUUUAUUGUUUAUUUAGAUAAAGAGAACGAUUUAUAUUUGGUUGUUACUUUAACAUCCAGUUGGAUCCCCAGAUAAUGAGACGGCAAAUACACUUGGAUCAUGUAUUGCAUUACAAAUAUGC